UGUAGUCCUGGACAGUCGACGCUUCAACGACCACAACAAUGCAAAUGUGAUGCUAAUAUUUAUUGCAUUAAAUUAAUUUAUAGCUCUUAAUAACACACGCAAGAUUUUGUGAGAGCACAGUGUUUUUUUUAUAUUUGUUGUAGUUAUCCAAGUGGCUCUUCACAAUUCAUUAGCCAAACAAAGACGGAAGUCGACAAGCGACAGUCAGUCCAGUCCAUCCAAGACUCGAACAGAUUUUUGUCCUCGGACCUACCAAAACCAGACCGAGGCAAGGAUGCCUGUGACCAUCGCCAGAGCUCACGGUGUCACCGUGUUCAUGCUGACGUCGGACCCUAAAAGUCGCUGUCCUCCUUUGUGCCAAAUCCUCAAGAGCCUGUCCUACAGCCCCUCGUGCUGUGGAGUGUCCCAGCACAUGAGGGCCACCAUGGGGACUUCUCAAGCCAUACUGGGGGCCCUGCAGAUCGCCGUGGGCUUGAUCACCAUCACACUCGGCGUCAUCCCCAUGUUCGGGGGCUUUGAGGACCCCUGGUGGAACAUGGAUAUGAAUUUGUUCUCCCUCUGGAUGGGAUCCGUGUUUGUGCUUUUCGGCAUCAUCUGCAUUUUGUCUCAGAAUUACCCAAGUCUGUGUCUGGUUAUCAUCAACGUGAUUCUGAACCUCUCUGGCGUGUUAUUCGCCAUCGCCAACAUCAUCCUCUGCGGCAUCAACAUAGGCGUCAUUGACAUUUGGGACGUGUGCGAGCCCAGAUAUGACGACCGCUUCAGCUAUGAGGGCCGCUUUGACCGGACCGCUCAGAAGCCCACGCAGAGUCCCAACGAGAAGCUCUUGGAGAAGGAAUGCUUGCAGGGGAAAGAGUUCCUUAAUAUGUUCCUGAGAGGCCUCAACGGCGUUCUGCUGCUGUUGGGAGUCCUGGAGCUGUGCCUGGCGAUCAGCUCCUCCGUCUUGGCCAUCAAGGCACUGAGGAGCAGCGAGAAAGGAUGCUGCAAGGCUCCACUGCUCUUUAGAACUAAGGGAGUCCUGACCGGCUCUCCGUUUAAAGGCUUAGAGCUCCCCGUUGUCCCUGCGUAUUACACAAUCAACCAACGACUUGAGCUUGCUAAAGCCGGCGUCGAGAGAGAUUCGCCAAGGUUGUCACAGCCGCUUGUGAAGCGUCGGCCCCGCUUCAAUGAGGCUUCACCUUCGCAGAGUAACCUGAGCAGAUGUUGGAGCCUUGAUGAUCCAGAAGAGUACAAAGUGCUUCCAGAGGAGGACGUUAUCGCCAACCCUUCAGCCUAAAAAGCGGAUACUUCUUCUUUGUACCGCAACUCCACGACAUUCAGAAUUACACUUUUAGUUUAUAUUUCAUAUACUCAGCAUCUUUUGGAAUUGAUAAAACAUUUUACAAGUUAAGAUGAACAUCAUUGAUAUUUUGCCAUCUUUUGCACUUGAUUUUAUACUUCAUUAUAGGUUUUCUUUUCUUAGUCUAUUUUUUUUUUUUCAAACUCACUGAUUGUAUACUGGAGGGGAAAGAGAGCUUUUUGCAGAAAACAACAAAAAAAAAAAUCACAUUCUUUCUAUAGGUUUUUAUGUUUUGGAAUAAAGUCACAAAAAAAAACAACAAUUUUAAUCUGGUAAUAUUUACACCUUUUUGUUCGGACUUUAUUUAUAUCAAAAGAAAGAAAAGAUUGUCAGGUUCAAACAACCUAGAACAUUUAAUGAACAACAAACAAGGAAGGAAGACAAGACAAGCUGUUGCUGCGUAAACUACUAUAAGAGUAAACAUGAGAUAACCUAUGUACAUUUAUUCUAACAAAGAUUGCAACAUUAAUUUCCUAAUAUUAAGGUUUUUAAAAUUAUAGAUUUAAUCUUGGUUUUAAUAUUUUGCUCUUUUAUUUCAAAAAUAUGAAUUUCAUCUCGUAAUAUUACAAUUUUAAAAAAUAAUUUAAAUAGUUUUCUCUCGAAAAAAGUUCUUUAUUCUUGUAAUAUUUCAACUUUUUGCUUUAAAAAUUACAACUUUGUCAUAAUAUCAGACUUUUAAUCUUGUAAUAUUCCGACCUUUUAGAAAAAAAAAGAUUAGAAUCUAAGACUUGAAACUUUUCUUUAAAAAUGUGACUAAUCUCAAAGUAUCAUGCAUUUGAAAAAACAAAACUUUUAAUAUGAUGUUUUUAAAAAAUAAAUCUGGUCAUAUUCGAUAUUUUUUCUUUAAAAGUUAGAACUUUAAUAUUGGGAGGUUUUUUUUCUUACAAAAUAAAACUAACCUUGUAAUAUUAUGACUUAAAAAAAAAUAAAACACUGGAAUGUUGGAAUUAAAAACAAAACAAAAAAACCUGACUUAAAUCUUAUAAUGUUGCGCUUUUUUUAAAUACAUUUUUAAAUCUAGAAAAAGUUCAAUGAAUUUUUUUCUUCCAAUUAAAAUUGUAAAUGAAUUUGAAUCUUGCAAUAUAUUUUUUUUACACUUUGUUUCAAACGUGAAGAAAAAAAGUUCAAUUAAUAAAGGUCAUACCUUUUAAAAUUGUAAAUAGAAAAUGAUGGAUGGAUGCAGAGGCGACAGAACCUGGGAGGGAGUGGGGGAACGCACCCCCCCCCCCUUUUUUUUAACUGCCUUUGAUGUGCCCCUCUGCUCUUUUUACCACAUUAUAUUUUCAUCCCCCUUAUUUAUUGCACUUGGUUGUGCCAAUCUGAGCAUAUGUUGCUUAUCAGUAGCAUAAUAAUGCAUUAUUCGAGGUUUCUUUUUGUUUUACUUUCGAACUUUACCCCAUCAGGAUUGUUCUCAUUUGCUGUAUUUUCUGAUCAUGAGCUCUUCGUGACAAUGUGUGUUUCCCUGAUUAAAUCAAUUAUAUUCAAUUGUUCUUAUACAA